AGUUCAUUCGCUUCAAAGAGCCCGAGUCGAGCGGACACGAAUCAGAAAUAGAGUGCGCCCACAACAGAUAUUACUCCAGAAAAAUAAAAAGGGAAUUAAUAAAAGUGUGUGCCGCGUGAAAAGUGAAUAAGCAGUUGAAAAACCAAAAACAACUGGCAAAUUGUGAUACUAAAGUGAGCGAUUCGUCCCAGACAAAAAACUAAAACAAAGCCUAAACACAGGCGUCUGGCCAACAGCUGUUUUCUGUGUGCUCUGCCGCUCCCGCUCCCGCUCUCGCGCGCGCUAUUCCGCUCUCCGUAUUCAGCAAACGCGCUCUCUCUCAACUGCGCUCACAAGACGCCGGCAGAGGCUGGGCAGAGAAAAAACAGGCAGCAUAGCCUUAUAGUUUCUCGUUCCCGAUUCAGAUCGUGUUUUUCUUCGGAGCGUUCAGUUCGUGCGUUCGGCAGUUCUGUUGCAUUGCAUAGAACUACAAGUUUCCUACUCCGCGAACCACUCACUCCCGCGAGAACAGAACAGAACCGAAUGAAAAAAGAGAAGCGAGAGGAGGAAAGCAACGGUUAAGUUAGGCCAGCGAAAACGGGCAAAAAGACUGAAAAACACACGUGGAUUGUUCACUCACACCCUCAAAACCACUCACCCACACUCACCCAGCAGCCCCAACUGUUCGCUGCAUUUAUGUAAAACCAAACAAAGACUGAUUAAAACGCUAAUAAAUAUAUACAAUAAACGUAACGAAACAAAGUUAAACACGCGAACAGCAGCUAAAUAUUAUACGGGUUAAAGCGAAUUCCAAAGCAAAGCAAACACAUAUGGAUUAAGGUUCCUCCUAUCUCGAAACAAAAAAAAAAAAAAAACCAACAAAACGAAAAAGAAAUAACCAACACACACUCACACACUCACGGAUUACCUGCAGCGGCAAUUUACCGUUAGCCGCUCUUUUUGGAUUACCAGUGCCAAUAAAAACCACAAAAAGUGAAUUUUUUCGAAAGUGAAGAAAGCGAAAAUAACGCCCGCAAAAUGCUAAAAAUCUGAAACAAAAUAAAUAAGCAACCAAAAGCGAAUUCUGUGUUAUAGAAACGAGAGCAAAAGCUAAAAGGAGCCAAUAAAAAAUAAAACAGCGAUGACGAUGGCCGCCUGUUAUGCCAACUACGACAUGUCGUCCCUGUCGCACGGCAUGUCGGCCCUGUCUGCCCUGCAGCAGCAACACAGCCAGGCGCAACAGCAACACAGCCAGGCGCAGCAGCAGCACAGCCAGACGCAGCAGCAGCAACAUCAUCACCAGCAGCAGCAGCAGCAGCAACACAUGUACCACGUUGCCAACAGCAGACAACAACAGCAGCAGCAGCAGCAACAACAGCAGCAGCAGCAGCAGCAGCAACAACAGACGCCCAGCAGCAGCAACAACAGCAACACAGCGCCCGCUCCCUCGCCACAAAAGGACUACAGCAUCCCGUUGCACGUGGACUGCAGCGUGGAGUAUGAGCUGCCCAACCAGCCCAAGCCUCCGGCGGGACAGCGGGUGGAGCCGCUGUUGAUGAUCCACCCGUGCUACUUCCGCAAGAUGGAGUCGCAGCGGCGCAGUCCGUUCGUGAACAACAUGCACGCGACGGCGAGGGCGGUCAGCAGCAGUUCGCUGAGCAGUGGGGCGGCCCUGGGCGGCGGCGGAAGCGGUACGGCUGUGGCCACGGCUCCCAGCAGCAGUGCCGCCCGGCGGGGCGCUCGGGUGGCCUCAACCGCCCAGCAGCAGCAGCAGCAGCAGCAACAGCAGCAGCAGCAACAGCAACAGCGCUACCAGCAACAGCAGCAACAACUGCGGCAGCAGCACCAGCAAAUGUCGCAGAUGUCGCAGCAAGCCCACUAUCCGCAGCAACGGUCUAGUCUGGAACAGCAAAUCGGACUGUGCUCCCAGCAACAGUCUAGUCUGGAGCAUGUGCGCCGACAACAUCAGCAGCAGCAGCAGCAGCAACGUGCCAGCAGCAACCAAAGCCAACGUCAAAGCCAAAGUCAGAGCCAUGCAGCCAACUCAGCGGCAGCAGCGGCGGCGGUACAGGCCCAGGCCCAGGCCUCGAUAGCCGCCGCGGCCGCCGGUCAGUGGGAUCAGCUGGCCGCGGCGCUGGCCGCCCGCACCGCCCUCACGCCCCACCACAUGCUGCACCCCCAUGGCCACUACGCGGCCAAGGGCAGUGGCGCUGGGACAGCGAGCGGCAAGCGGGACGCCAUGAUCUCCGGCAGCAACUACGGACAGACGGCGGUCGCCUCGGGGAAGCUGCAGCAACAGCAGCAACAGCAACAGUCGCAGGUGCAGCAGCAGCAGCACCAGCAACAGCAACACUGCCUGCCUCCGCCGCCCUGGGACGCGACGUCCAUGCUGAUGGACCGCGCACCGAUGGCCACAGUUCCUAGCAAUUAUCAGGCCGGCCCUGACACCAAUCCCAUGCGCCUCUACUCGGCCACGCCCACCUCCGGAGCGGCCACGGGCGGUUCGGCGUCGGUGGGCGGCGGCGGUGGGGGCGGAGCGGUCGGCGGCACGGGGGCGUCGGGGGCGGUGACAACGGCCACGGACAAGCUGAGCGGCAAGUACCGGCAGUACUUGCGGUCCCAGCGGAUGCACCCGUAUGCGGCGGCCGCCUCGCUCAACUUGGCCGCCGCCGCAGCAGCCGCUGGACAGACGUCCUUUGUGCCGUUCAGUUCGGCGGCCACGCCCACAUUCCAGCACCUGCCGCAGAUCUCCUGCUAUAAUGUGUGAUGCAGCAGCAAGGACAACGGCAACAGCAGCAACAGCAGCAGCAGGAGCAGUAGCAACAGCAACAGCAUCAGAAGCAACAUGCAACUUGCAACACAUGAGACAGGCGCCUACCAAGUACGCGUCGAUGAAAUAGCCGCCUCAAGGAAUAACCAAUAGAUCCUCCCCCUUAAAUAGUACUAUAUAUAUAUACACACCCCCUCAAAGCUUUUAGAAUCAAAAGUAAUUAACUCUACAAAAUAUUAUGAGAUGAAAUUCAAUUCUGUUUAGCUGCUAUGAAAAAUUGUUGUCCGACGGUGAGAAAAGAGGAAUCGAGCGAUCUUUUUUUCUUUUUUUAGUAAUGGUAGUAAUUGAUAAACGAUACAAAAACAAACAACAAAAAAAUGCAAACUAUUGUAGUGAUAUUUGUUAUAAAAUAAUUUUAGUAAUUAAUUUAAUUUAAAUUAAACAACCAACAAGAAACAACAAACAACAACAAACAACAACAACAACAACCGCUCUGUGUAAACCAACAACAUCAAUAAUAACAAGAAAAAGAGAACAACAGCAACGGCAACAACAUCCAACCAAACAACAAUUGCUAAAAACUACACAUACGCAUAUUUAAUUAAAAAUCAACAAAAAUGUUAUAACAAACCAUUUACCGAAAGAAUAUGAAAAUAUGAAAAGCAAAAAUUAUUACCGAACGAAGAAGGAGAGUAAAGCAGAAAAAAAGAAAUCAACACAAAAAAUACGAAUAAAAAUUAUUCAAAAUUAUGCAACGUAAUUUGAAGCGAGAUAUGCAAAAAAUUAA